AUGUUCACUGCGAAGACUCUAUUCGCCUCCAUUACUUUGGCUGUUCUCAGCUCGACGGUGCUCUAUGGUUUACAAAAACUCCUCAGCAGGCUACAAAUUCACAUCCUAAAGACAGAGUGUACUCAGUCAACCGUUGAGGAAACUCCCUUGGCUCGGUCAUUCUGGUACAUUGGGACCCUCGACUUCUUCUUGAACCCGUUUAUGUUCCUUGCCUCAAGUAUAACUCAAGCGAAGGGUCGGAUGUUCUCUUUCAGAGUUCUUAGUGAUACAGUAAUCAUGUUGAGAGGAAUCCCAGGACGGGAUGCCUUCUUUUCGAAAGGACUUGAUUUCAUGAGCGGUUAUAGACUCCUGAACCCACAACUGGUCGAUAUAAUGCCUAUUGAGGAGGUCAAGUGCGGCGAAAACGGCGCGAACUUUAUGGCGACCCUAAUCCGGACAGAGGUCCUAGAAGAAAUUUACCUGGACAUGCUCAGUGAUGUUUCCCGGAGAAUAGAUGGAUGGGGAGACGAAGGGACUAUCGAUCCUUUCCUCAACGUAUACGAGAUUGUCUUUGCCCUGUCCGUGCGGCUAUCGACCUGUCAUGAAUUUAUCGAAGACCCGGCCAAAGUCAAUAAAUUGAUGUCGAUCUUCGAGCGGCUUGAGGCAGGAUCAACUCCGACUGGUCUUAUUCUUCCCUGGCUUCCAACCCCGGCUCGAGUAGGGAGAACGAUAGCUGGUGCACAACUGUAUACCAUGAUCUCCAAGGUCGUUCGGAAUAGACAACAACACGAUAUCCGGAGAGAGGAUCCCUUACAGGCCUUGAUCGACAAAAAGUUCCCUAUGGCUGACAUUACUCGAUUCACUGCCACAACGCUUUUCGCCGCUGUGACUAACACAGGGAAUGCUCUUUGCUGGGUCCUAAUCUAUCUCGAAGUUCACAAAGAAUGGAAGUCCCGCGUUGUCUCCGAAAUUCAGUCAUUCGUUCAAGAUGCCGGCGCGGAAUUCACUGAUUCCAUGGAAGAAGCGAUCGGGAAUGUAUCACUCCAGGUCAUGGAUGAGAAGACACCUACUCUGGAUCUCGUCAUAAACGAGACCAUUCGUCUACUUUUCGACGGCACCUUUAUGAGAAGGAACAUCGGGAACGAUAUCUUCGUUGGAGCCCAUCGAAUCGAGCAUGGGGCAUAUCUCAUGUUCCCAACCGCCGACCUUCACUUCAACGAGGACCUCUUUCCCAAUUCGAGGGAAUUUGAUCCUCUCCGUUUUACCCCCGAGGAAGUAGACAAGCGCAACGUGAAGGGGAUCAAUUUUCUCGGAUGGGGGGCGGGUCGACACAUCUGCGUCGGUAAACGAGCGGCCAUGCUGAUGAUGAAGUUGAUACUCAUCAUGUUGGUGUCGAAGCUGGAGACUCGGUUGGUCAGUGAACGCGGGGAAAGCAUAACUGCUAUUCCAGAGGCCAAACUUGAUAGGCUUUUCAAGGUGUGCCAAACGAAGGACAAGAUCUAUCUGGACUUUUACAAGCGGGGGAUGCGCUUCUGA